AUGACUGCUUUGUCUCCCUCUCUUUUACACUCUUCCUCUCUCUUUUUUACACUCUUCCUCUCUCUUUUUUACACUCUUCCUCUCUCUCACUCUUUUACACUCUUCCUCUCUCUCACUCUUUUACACUCUUCCUCUCCCUCACUCUUUUACACUCUUCCUCUCCCUCACUCUUUUACACUCUUCCUCUCCCUCACUCUUUUACACUCUUCCUCUCCCUCACUCUUUUACACUCUUCCUCUCCCUCACUCUUUUACACUCUUCCUCUCCCUCACUCUUUUACACUCUUCCUCUCAAUCUUCUUUUUACUUUCUGUCUCUGUCUUUCUCCCUGUCGCAUUCUCUUAAUGCCCUUCUCUUCUUUUCUUUAAUUAAUCUCUCUCUCUCUCUCUCUCCCCGCCCCGCCCCGUAUAUUUCUCCUUUACUUAAACUGUAUUUUUCAUGCAAAUAUUAUGUACCUUAUUACUCUCGAAGCAAGCCUCCAUGUUUACUCUCUUAUAACACUCUUUCUCAUGGGGCCAUCAUGUUUUUGUCUUCCCUAUUACUCUCUUUCCCUCCGUCAUUUUCUCUUUCCAUCUUUGUUUUUCAUUCUUCCCCACCCUCUCUCUUCUUAACACUUUUCCUCUUUUUCACUCUUUCCCACUCUUACACUUUUAUCUACCAUUUCUGUCUCCUUUUUAUUAAUAUUAGCAGUUUCUGUCUCCUUUUUAUUAAUAUUAGCAGUUUCUGUCUCCUUUUUAUUAAUAUUAGCAGUUUCUGUCUCCUUUUUAUUAAUAUUAGCAGUUUCUUUGUAGUUCCUCUUCUCCUUAAAACUUCCUCGUUUUAA